UUCGGAUCCAGUCUAUCCAACGACGUUGAACCAAAAAGCCGCUCUGGUGCUCACACGUGAAUGAUCAAACGUGUCGUGUUAUAAACCACUUUCAUAUUAUAAACCAAUAUCAAAGUCAAAAAUUCUUUUUAAUUUAUUAAAUAUUUUUAUAUUUAAAAAAAAACUAUAAAGUUAAAAAUUCAUUUUUUAAUUUAAAUAUUUAAUUUAAAAUUUAUACAGUGUGUUUUUUUUUGUUUAAUUAUUAUUUUUUAACGUUAUUUAUAUUUUGGAUAUUUACGUGAAAUUUUUUUUUAAUUUCACGCUGAAAAAAAUACAAGGUGUCAAAGAGAAGAUCUCAUUAUUAAAAAAUAUAACCGGCAAUUUGAUGCGCUGAGAAUGCCCGAGGAUUCACGUCACCGUCGUGACGCCUCGUUGCUGACGACGUUAAUUAUAAUUUUUGUCAUCUCAACCUUGACAUCAAUUCUCCAAGCAGAGCCAUUGUUAAAGACUGCAGGAAGAUGUCCAUCAUUAACUGAAACAAGCUAUUGUCCAUCACGUGCAGCACCAUGUAGUUUUAGUGAUUUUGAAUGUUCAAGUCCAAAUGAAAGAUGUUGUGAGACAGUAUGUGGUUUACGUUGUGUACAAGGUGAAUUAACUGGUUGUGAACAACUUGCAAUUGCAGCAACAAGACGUUCACGUGGACUUGGUAAUAAUGGACAAAUACAAUUUAUACCACAAUGUAAUAAUGAUACUGGUGAAUUUGAAAAAAUUCAAUGUGAAGUAUCAGAAAAAAAUUGUUGGUGUGUUGAUGAAUAUGGUAGUGAAUUAGCUGGUACAAGAGCAUCUGGAAGAGAAUUUGUUGAUUGUAAUAAUCCAAAAAUAUGUCAAGCCCAUUCUUGUCGUAUGUUUUGUCCACUUGGAUUUGAGAUUGAUAAAGAAAGUGGUUGUCCAAAAUGUGAAUGUCGUGAUCCAUGUCGUGGUUUUGUAUGUCCAGGUAAUGGUCAAACAUGUGAACUUAUUGAAUCAAUAUGUGCACGUCCACCAUGUCCACCAAUACCAAGUUGUCGUAAAGCAAAAUCAUUAUCAACAGUAUGUCCACGUGGUGAGCCAUUACAAAUAACUGAUACAGCAAGACCAUUUUUAUGUGGUAUAACACCUGGUAAACCAACAUGUCCACCAUUGUAUACUUGUCAAGUUGAAAAAAAACAAGAAUACGGUGUAUGUUGUCCAUCAAGUAAUAAAUUUGAAAGACCUGGUACAUGUCCAAUAAAUGAACCAAUUACUUGUGGUAAUAUUUGUCAGCAUGAUUUAAAUUGUCCUGGACCACAAAAAUGUUGUAACAGUGAUAAAUGUGGUGGUCGUGUAUGUUCACAUCCAAUUGGUUUGAGUCGUUGUAGAAAAAAUCGUAUGCUAGCUGAAAUGUUGAGUGUAUCAGAAAAUGAAGGACGUGGAUAUGUGCCACAAUGUAAUCUAGAGGGAGAAUAUGAACCAAGACAAUGUUCAAGAAAUGGUUUAGUUUGUUGGUGUGUUGAUAAUGAAGGACAAAAAAUUUCUGGAACAAUGGGACCAUCUGAAAAUGUAACAUGUCAAGUAACUGAAUCACGAGGUCGUUCACUUGCACCAGUAUCUUGUGCAUUACAACAGUGUGCUCAAGUAUGUCAGUAUGGUUUUAAAGUUGAUGAAGAUGGUUGUUCAACUUGUGAAUGUGAUGAUCCAUGUAAAGGAUAUCCAUGCCCAGAAGAUCAAGAAUGUACACUUUAUCGUGAAAACGGCUGUCCGGAUUUUCUUUGUCCAACAAGACCUGAAUGUAGACCAAAAAAAACUUAUAAAAGUCCAUGUACAACUGGUGCACCAUUGAUUGAUGACAGUGGUAAUGCAAUUAUAUGUUCAGUCAAUAAUACUUGUCCUGUUGCUCAUGAUUGUACAUUAGUUCCUGAUGCUGGACAAUCAGUAUGUUGUCCAGUUACAAGUUUCAUACAAAAAGCACCAACAAUGUGUGAAUACUUGAGGGAUUUUAAUGAACGUAUGGAGGGUACUCGUGAGGGUAUGACUCUGGCAAUACCAUCACCAAAAUGUUCCCAAGAUGGUACAUGGAAAUCUCUUCAGUGUAAUAAUUCAACUUGCAAUUGUGUUAAUGAAUAUGGUGUUGUAUUAUUGAAAAAUAUAAAUACAACAUUAAUUAAUUGUGAUAAAAUACGUUCAACACGUAUUUGUAAUAAAAUUGAUUGUGAGUUAGAAUGUCCAUAUGGUUAUAUUGUUGAUAAAAAUGGUUGUGAUACAUGUAAAUGUAAUGAUCCAUGUGAAGGAGUACAAUGUGAUACACGUGAAACAUGUACAAUUGUUGAUGUUAAUUGUGGUGAUGGUAUAAAUUGUCCACAAGUACCAGCAUGUCUUGCAUCAAAACCAGGACAAUGUCCAUAUCUUGUACCAAGUUCAUCAAGUUGUGAGGUACAUUGUAGUAAUGAUAUUGAAUGUAGUGAUAAUAAAAAAUGUUGUUCAACUGGUUGUGGUACACAAUGUGUAUCACCAUUUGUUGCAACAGCAUGUCAACAUGCACAAGCUGUUGCUGAACAUGCUGCUAGAGAAUCUGGUGAACCAGCAAGAAGAUCAUACAUACCAAAAUGUAAUGAUAAAGGCUCAUUUGAAAAAGUACAAUGUCACAUGGGUUUAUGUUGGUGUGUUGAUAAUGAAGGACGUGAAAUUGCUGGUACAAGAGGACCAAAUAAUAUAACACAAAUAUGUAAUAAACCAGAUAUAUGUCCAAUAAUUGAGUGUGAUAUUGAUUGUCCAGAUGGUCUUGAUUUAGAUUCAUCUGGUUGUCCAAUUUGUUCAUGCAGAAAUCCAUGUAAAACAAUUAAUUGCCGUGGUGAAAAUGAAGCCUGUCGUAUGGUUGAAGUUGCAUGCAGUGUACCACCAUGUCCACCUGUACCAGUAUGUUUACCUAAAAAAGAUAAUCCAUGCCCAAAUGGAUCACCACUUAUAACACAAAAUGGUGUACCAGCAAUUUGUGGACCACAUGGAAGACAUUGUCCAUCAACUCAUAAAUGUGAAUUAUCACCACUUGAUGAAUAUGCUGUUUGUUGUCCAAAACCACGUGAUGUUUGUUUUGAACCACCAAAAAUUAUUGAAUGUAAUAGCAAUAAUGAUAUGAAUAAUACAAAACGUUGGUAUUUUGAUCCAGAAAAAAAUGAAUGUAUCAGUAAAAUUGGAUGUUCAAUUGGUCAUAAUGAUUUUUCAAGUAAAUUUGUUUGUGAUGAUGUAUGUCCAGUAUUAACACCAUGUGAAUUACAAAGAGAAAGAAAUUUAAAAAAUUCACAAAGAAUUAAAAAACCAUCAUUUUUACCAAGAUGUGAUGCUGAAACUGGUGCAUGGGAAUCAGUACAGUGUCUUGAACAUGUUGGUGUAUGUUGGUGUGUUGAUAAAAAAGGUGUAGCAAUAAAAGGAUCACUUGUACGUGAUGAAGAACCAAAAUGUAAUUUUAGACAAGCAAGAAAAGGUCGUGGUCCAUCAGAUGACAUUGAUAUUGAUCCGGAAAUAUCAGCUUAUAUUGAAAAUGCAUUAGUUGGUGUUGUUGAGCAAGAAAGAGAGGAAGAAGAGGAAGAAGAAGAUGAUGAUGAUAUGGAAAUUGAAAAACAUAAACAAGAAGAUGAACAACAACAACAAAUAAAUAGAAUUAUGGUAACAAGAUGUGAAGCUAUGAAAGAAAAAGGACAUGUACCAACAACUUGUGAUAUUGAUGGAAAAUUUGAACCAACUCAAUGUGCUGGUGAUACUUGCUGGUGUGUUGAUGAAGCUGGUAAUCAAAUAAGUGGAUCAGAACCAUUUUACAAAGGCACCAGAAUGUGUGUUAUGACAAUGAUUGAAGCUGUUGAAGUAACACUACGUUUUCCUGGACAUUUUAUAAGUGAUGAUACAAAUCGUUUUACAAAAGCAACAAGUGAUUUAUUACGUGAUCUUGGUGCAACAAUAAAAGACGGUAUUGCUGUUGAGCUUGAUCUUGAUUCAGCAAUAAUUGGCUUUGAAGUUAUUGGUGAUAAUAAAGUUGAUGUUGCAUUUCAUCUUGAAGAAUUAACAAGAAGUAGAAGUUUAUCAUUACUUGGAUCAAUUGCUGAUGCAACAACAUCAAGAUUCAUGCAUAGACCAUUAUUAUUUGAAGCUGAAAAUGGAAUAAUGGCACUUGAACAAAAAGACAUGAUUAAUGAUGAACAAAAAAAUGAUCAUCCAUCAGCAACUGUUGUCUUAAUUACAGCAAGUGCAUUUAUCAUUGGUAGUCUUAUUAUUCUACUGAUGAUUUAUCGUAAAAAAACAAACAUAAAAUAUUGCACACCAAGACCAGUGUCAGCUGAACAACGGUUUUUAGCAUACAACAAACAACCAGUCUACAUAAUAUCAGCUCCUGAAAAUGAUGAAAAAGAUAAUAAACAAAAUUUUUCAUCAUCUGAUAAAAUUGCUGAAGCCUAAUAAAAAUAAUUCCUCAAUUUAUUAUUAAACAAAUAUAAUUAACUUUUUUCUUUUCUUGAAUUUUUGGCUAAAAAAAAAAAAUAGUAAACCUUUGUAAAUUCAAGAAAAAAAAAAAAUAAAUUCAUCAAUUAUUAAUUUAGAAAAUCAAAUUAUUAUUUGAUCUAAAUAAAUAAUACGGCCACGGUAAUUUUCCCUGAUAAUUUCCCGAUUAUAUCUUGACAAUUAAAAAUAAUAAUUUAUCCGGAUAUUUUUAGUAAGUGAAAAAAAUUAAAAAAUGUAUUUUUUUUUUUUUUUUAAUCAGGGAAAAUAACCGGAUGCGCCGUAAAUCAAUAUUAUCAAAUCGAUAAAUAUUUAAAAUAUAUCGAAAUAUUAAAAUAAUGUUUUUUUAAGCGAAAAUUUUACACAUUUAACAAUUUUUUUUUUAAAAUAACUAAGAAUUAAUAAUUCUUGCAGUUUUUAAAUUAUUAUGUUAAAUGUAGAUUUUGUAGACGCGUAUCGUGUACCCACAAAAUGAAAAAAAAAAAUGCAAAGUGAUAAUACAUUGUAAUGCUUAUCGUAAUUAAUAUAUUGAUAAAAAAAAAACAAACAUUAUGAUUGUCGAUCCAUAAACUCGAUUUAUUUUAAGGUGUUUAGGGGAUUGUACAUAUCGAUAUAUAAAAAUUUAUAAUAAUUAUAUUAAUCACUUUGUUUAGAUAAUAAUAUUUAUAAAAAAAAAAAUUUAUAAUAAUUAAUUAAUAUCAAUAAUACUAUUCAUGAAUAUUGUUUUAUAUUUCAUUCAUCAGUCAUCAAUUUAUUUAUUGUAUGCAUUUAAAUCAUCGUUAUUUAAAAUAUAUAUUAUAAUUAUUAGUUUAAUAAUUUAAAUUGAAAAUUGUAAAUGUAGAAAAUUAUUUAAAAAUUCUUGUAUUACAUUUAAUACUAUAUGAUCGAUGCAAGUCAAAAAAUAAAUAAAUAAAAUUCGAUUUAAAAAUAU